AUGUGUGUCUACCUAGUGUCCAGUGUCAGGCACCAUGCCAAUGCCAUGCCAUGGCAGCUGUGUUUAUAAAUCAGGACCUCCUCCCUCUGCAACUGCAACCUGCAAUUCCCAGUGUCUCAGCAACAACAACACCUGUUCUUUAGCCUUCCCUCCAUUCUGCUAAAUAUCUUGCUUGGCCCAUGCAAGCUUGGUGCAAAGCUUGCUGAGGAAAUUGGGCCGGAGAAGAGAGGAGAAGUGUCUUGUGAGUUCUUGGCUGCAGGGAAGUACUAGUGAAUUUGGUGUGACCUGAGUAAUUUGAUCAAGUUUGAAGAGGGUUUUAAGUAAGCUGAAUUUAAAAAGGUUAGAAGAGAUCGAUAUGGGCAAGCUUGUGAGGCAGUGUGACAUGGAGGUGAUGAAGAUGGCCAUGCUCAAGCAUGAGGAGACCUUCAGGCAGCAGGUUCACGAGCUGCAUCGGCUGUACCGCAUCCAGACGCAGCUCAUGGGCGCCAGCGCCACCGGCCGGCAGCCGCGGCGCCGCAGCAGCAAGCAGCCGCGGCGGGCGCUGGACCUGCAGCUCCCCGCCGACCAGUACAUCGUCGGCGCCGGCGCCGGCGCCGGAGCCGAAGAAGACGAGGACGGAUGCGGCACGGAGCUGGAGCUGACGCUGGCCGUCGGCGGGAGGAGGCCGGCCUGCGUCGCCGCCACCCGCAAGAACAGCAGCGGCGGCUUCUCCUCCCCGUUCGCGUCCGACGACUGCUCCGGCGGCGGCGGCAGCGCGACGAGCCUGUCGUCCUCGCCGCCGUCUUCGGUCGAGUACCCCGUCGCGCUCCAUGGCUACGCGCUCCCGAUGCCGCCGCCGCCUCCGUGCCAGAGAGCCAUGGCGUUCGACCACCUCGGAGCCAGCGGGGAGGCCAUGGUGAAGUACUCGCCGUGGCAACUCGUGCAGUGCCAGCAGUACCUCAGCCUCAGGAUGACAUGAACACAGAUGAUUAAGCUCGCCCAUCAUCGUCGAUCCAUGCCAUGAUCACAUCCACAUCGCAUUGAUCAUCUCCAUGUCCAUAUGGCAUUGCGUUGUAGAAGAAGAAGCCGCUAUUUAGUUUUUUUUUUCUCUUUCUUUCUCUUAUCUCUUCCUUUUCUUUGAUUUCCUGUUGUGUUGCUAGGUGAGACAUCGAUGAUGAAAGCUUUGGGGAAGCUGGUCAUGGAUUAAUCCUAAUCCCCAAGCUGCUAGUAUAAUUGGUUCAUGACUGGCUAGCUAGCUAAUGAGUACAAUGCUGAUUGAUUCAGUAGUUAGUUAGUUAAUGUACUUCAGGCUUUCUGCAGACACCAGAACAGUGUGAAUUGAUUGAUGAAUAACAUGUCAUGCUCAUCGUUUGUAAAA